GGGGGGGGUGGGGGAAAUAGGGGGGGAAAAAAACAGCGCGCGGAACCCGGCCAGGGUGGCCCACCCCCGCCACAAUGGCCUCUGGGGUGGAAGUCCUGCGCUUCCAGCUGCCCGGCCACGAGGCCGCUACGCUGCGGAACAUGAACCAGCUCCGCGCAGAGGAGCGGUUCUGCGACGUGACCAUUGUGGCCGACAGCCUCAAGUUCCGCGGCCACAAGGUCAUCUUGGCCGCCUGCUCGCCGUUCCUGCGGGACCAGUUCCUGCUGAAUCCCAGCUCUGAGUUGCAGGUCUCCCUGAUGCACAGUGCACGCAUAGUGGCUGACCUGCUCCUUUCUUGCUAUACGGGCGCCCUGGAAUUCGCUGUCAGGGACAUUGUUAACUACCUGACGGCCGCCUCCUACCUGCAGAUGGAGCACGUGGUGGAAAAAUGCCGGAAUGCCCUCAGCCAGUUCAUCGAGCCCAAGAUAGGCCUCAAAGAGGAUGGGGUCAGCGAUGCCAGCCUUGUAAGCAGUGUCAGUGCCACCAAAUCCCUCCUCCCUCCCGCCAGGACCCCGAAGCCAGCCCCCAAACCCCCACCUCCACCCCCUCUCCCCCCUCCACUCCUGCGGCCUGUGAAGCUGGAGUUCCCGCUGGAUGAGGACCUAGAGCUGAAGGCCGAGGAAGAGGAUGAGGAUGAGGACGAGGACGUGUCUGACAUCUGCAUCGUCAAGGUGGAAUCGGCCUUGGAGGUGGCACACCGGCUCAAACCUCCCGGAGGCCUGGGAGGAGGUCUGGGCAUCGGAGGCUCUGUGGGCAGCCACCUUGGGGAGCUGGCCCAGAGCAGCGUGCCCCCCAGCACUGUGGCUCCACCGCAGGGCGUGGUGAAAGCCUGCUACAGCCUGUCCGAGGACGCAGAAGGGGAGGGCCUGCUGUUGAUCCCAGGAGGCCGGGCCAGUGUGGGGGCCACCUCAGGCCUGGUGGAGGCAGCAGCGGUGGCCAUGGCUGCCCGGGGGGCGGGGGGCAGCCUGGGGGCGGGGGGCAGUCGGGGACCCCUGCCCGGAGGCUUUUCCAGUGGCAAUCCCCUAAAGAACAUCAAGUGCACCAAGUGCCCGGAAGUGUUCCAGGGCGUGGAGAAGCUGGUCUUCCACAUGCGGGCGCAGCACUUCAUCUUCAUGUGCCCGCGCUGCGGCAAGCAGUUCAACCACAGCAGCAACCUCAACCGCCACAUGAACGUUCACCGCGGCGUCAAGUCGCACUCGUGUGGCAUCUGCGGCAAGUGCUUCACACAGAAGUCCACGCUGCACGACCACCUCAACCUCCACUCGGGAGCGAGGCCCUAUCGCUGUUCCUACUGCGAUGUGCGCUUUGCUCACAAGCCUGCCAUUAGGCGCCACCUCAAGGAGCAGCACGGCAAGACCACGGCCGAGAACGUGCUGGAGGCCAGCGUGGCUGAGAUCAACGUCCUCAUCCGCUAGCGCUAG